CGCCUCUCGCGAGAAAAAAAAAGCUAGCCGAGAAGCUAGCCAGUUUCGUUCUCCCAUUUGAGAUUAAUUCGGGGUUUAUCGUAACAAAAAAUGUCCGGAGGAGUCAGCGUGGGGAUUGCAGGGACAAACCAGACAAGCUCCGGAACGGCUGCUCAUUGGAGAAAAGACAGCAGCCCCUCCGCAAGGUUUUGGGAGAGCCCUGAUACUUUAGCUCAGCUGGAGGUGGUGCGACAGUGGAUCGGGAAGCAUUACAAAAAGUUUGUGUUGGUGGAUGCGCCGUCAACUCAAGCUCUGGCUGCAGUCACACUGCAGCUUCUCCAGUUCCAAGAGGAUGCUUUUGGCAGACAAGCUGCCAGUCCAGCCCUCACCAAACUGCCUGCACAAUGUUUCUUGGACCUGCGGUCAGGGGGUGGACUCUGUCACAUUCUUGGCUCUGCCUACAAGUUUAAGGCUGAGCAGGGCUGGCGAAGGUUUGACUUACAGAACUCAUCAAGAACUGAACGCAAUGUUGAGAUGUUUGCUGCAAUUGAGAGAACAUUGAUCCAGAACAACUGUAUGUCACUGCCUGUGGUGUAUUUGGACCCUACACUGGACCAAGAACUGACUAGCAGACUGACUGCUGUUAUCACCAAGCACCAGGGUACCCUCACUGAGGAUCGAGCACUCGCCAGUCACCACAUCUGCCCCUUACUUGCAUCUACAGAGGAAGAUGAAUGGAUGCGUCCCGUCAUGCGAAAAGAAAACCAUGUGCUGGUACACUGGGGCAUGCACCCUGACAGUUAUGACACGUGGCUGCCUUCGAGUGACGUUGAAGGAGAGGUUGAAGAGCUUCCGCAUCUAGAGCGACCCUGGCAGGUCCAUGCCAGCUGGGUUCUGGACACAGACGUUUUCAAUGAGUGGAUGAAUGAGGAAGACUAUUUUGUGAACGAGAGAAACGUUCCUGUCAUUAUCCGCCGGCGUAUUCACCUCCGAGAUGACCAGGACCUAAAGUCCACCCCGUCCAAAAAGAGAAGACGAUCGCCUUCUCCUCCCACUUCUGAGGGCAGAAAGAAGGGAAAGAAAGGGAGGAGACGUGGGCAACAGGAGGAAGAGCCAGAGGAGGAUCUCACUAAAGAUAUGGAGGACCCCACUCCUGUCCCCAACAUGGAGGAAGUUAUGCUACCCAAGAACGUCAACCUUAAGAAAGACAGCGAGAACACACCUGUCAAAGGAGGGACCAUGACUGAUCUGGACGAACAAGAGGAUGAUUAUCCCGGAAGGGACGAGGAGGAGGGCAGAGCUGAAUUGUCUCGCCUUUCAGAAGGAGAGGGCAGCAUUUUAGAACAAACACAUCACAUCAUAAUACCGAGCUACACAUCUUGGUUUAACUACAACAGUAUUCAUGCUAUAGAGAAACGUGCACUUCCUGAAUUCUUCAAUGGAAAGAACAAAUCUAAAUCUCCAGAAAUCUUCCUUGCAUACCGUAACUUUAUGAUCGACACAUACCGACUGAACCCUCAGGAGUAUCUCAGUUCAACCUGCUGCAGACGCAACCUCACUGGAGACGUUUGUGCCAUCUUGAGAGUUCACGCAUUUUUGGAGCAGUGGGGGUUGGUGAAUUACCAGGUGGAUGCAGAGAGUCGACCCCUCCCUAUGGGACCCCCACCCACACCUCAUUUCAAUGUGCUGGCUGACACACCCUCUGGGCUGGCCCCUCUACAGCACAAGCCCCUGCAGGUCUCAGCCUCGCAGCAUAUGUUGUGUUUCCCAGAAAAGAGCAGAGAGAAACCGCUGGACUGUCAGAACUUUGGUCUGCGCACUGACGUUUAUGCCAGGAAACACCCGAAGACUAAAGGAGCGAGUGCUGGAAGGGAGUGGACGGAACAGGAGACACUCCUGCUGUUGGAGGCCUUAGAGGUCUACAGAGAUGACUGGAACAAGGUAUCAGAGCACGUGGGCUCCAGAACACAGGAUGAGUGUAUCCUCCACUUCCUUCGUCUGCCAAUUGAAGAUCCUUACCUGGAAGAUUCCUCCGCCUCCCUUGGCCCGCUGGCGUACCAGCCGGUGCCUUUCAGCCAAUCGGAGAACCCCGUCAUGAGCACCGUGGCCUUCUUAGCCUCUGUGGUGGAUCCGCGGGUGGCAUCAGCUGCAGCUAAAGCUGCACUGGAGGAGUUUUCCCAAGUUCAGGAAGAAUCUGUGGACAGAGUCUCUGAAACUUCAAACCAGGCUGAAAGUUCAGAUUUGAUGAACGCUGGAAAAAUGGAGACAAACUCCCAUCAGGUCAGUGUGAGGCCAGAUGGGAUGAAGGUUGAACCCAGUGGAGUAAAGAUGGAGACAGAACCAGUCAAAAGAGAACAUGCUGAAAAUGCACUGGCAGAGGAGAGAGAUGGAAGGGGAGAUGAUGAAGAGAGCGCCAGCAGGCGGGAGGCAGAAGGUGAUGAGGUGGCAAGAGUAAUGGAGCAGGAGCUGGUGGAGGGCAGUGUUGCCACGGCAGCAGCAUCCGCUCUGGCCUCAGCUGCCACAAAGGCUAAGCACUUGGCAGCAGUGGAAGAGAGGAAGAUUAAGUCCCUGGUGGCGCUUUUGGUGGAGACACAGAUGAAGAAGCUGGAGAUCAAGUUGAGACACUUUGAAGAGCUGGAGACCAUCAUGGACCGUGAGAAAGAGGCUCUCGAGCAGCAGCGGCAGCAGCUGCUUUCAGAGAGGCAGAGCUUCCACAGCGAACAGCUGAAGCAAGCAGAGAUGAAGGUUCGCCAGCAGAGGGAGCAGCAGCCUGGAUACACACUGCUGCACUCAGGCCCACCUGUGCCCAACCGGAUGAUGUCCAGUGCAGGAAAUACUCAGCCGAUGGCACCUCGACAGUCUGGCGCUCCCAAUGGCAUGUACCCAUCCUCACAGGUUGAUGGGGCAGCAGCAGCAGCAGCACAGUCUGGUCCUCUGACAUCCAGCCACAGCUGAACCGUCCCCAGUAAACCCCAACAACACACAUCAGUCUGAUUCAACCAGCACACUCACACAUACAAAUGUAGCACGUGCAUGUUGAGUAACAACCACUUCAAUCUGAAGUUGUAACUCUUCACUAUCAGAAGGUCAAAAGUGCAUGAAUGCAGUUGAUCUUAAAGUGGUGAAAAGCUCCGCCCAUCUCAUCUGUCAGAUAUUUGUGCUCCAAAUGUCAGAGUUAAACUCAGCUCAUUAAACUUUUAUAUGAAAGUGUAA